AUGUUCAAUAAGAAAUAUGAAAAAGAAUUGUACAUCAUGUUUUGCUUCGUAAUUCCGACGGCAGUACCAGUUAUAUUUUGGGGUGAAACGUUGCUGCAUGCGAUUUUAACUCAAUGCUUCAUACGCUACGUGCUGGUCCUUAAUGGUAUUUGGUCCGUCAACAGUUUUGCACAUCUUUGGGGCCAUCGUCCAUACAACAGAGUGAUCAAUCCUGCAGAAAACUCCAUAGUUUCUUUGGUGUCAGGCGGUGAAGGCUCUCACAAUUAUCACCACACGUUCCCCUGGGACUACAAGGCUUCUGAAUGGCCAUACAUGAGAUUCAAUUUCACCACAUUAUGGAUUGAUGCAUUUUCAAAAAUGGGAUGGGCGUAUGAUCUCCGAGAAGCAUCACCUGCCUUCGUGAAGAAAGUUAUCGGAGAAAUUGGUGAUAAAUAUAACGAAUCGUCCCUAAUUCAUUAGGACGAUUAAAAUGCAAUUGAUACCUGAAAUACAUCAGAAGCAUCAAACAUGUUGUAGUAUUUCAAUAAAAUCUUUGAUAUUCUGAA